CGCUGGCCGUUUCAAACGAAUUGAUGAAUGAAUCAGGACGUAUUGUGAGGGAGGAUCAGUCCCAAGACAUGAUGAAGCAGCGAGUCCUUCUGGCCCUCGCCAACUUGAUCACAUCUUAUGCAUCGUUUCUAGCAGCAACAGGAGCAAAAACAUCCACGAGGCAGAGGACGCAGAGCAAUAAUCACAGCAACAUAAGCGAGCUCUUGGACAAUUUGCUUCGCGGUUACGACAACAGCGUGAGACCAGACUUCGGUGGUCCACCGGCCACGGUUGAGGUCGACAUUAUGGUGCGCAGUAUGGGUCCGAUUUCCGAAGUCGAUAUGACUUAUUCAAUGGAUUGUUACUUCCGGCAAUCGUGGGUGGAUCGACGUUUGGCUUUUCAAGGCGGUAAAGAAACUCUGGCGCUUAGUAUAUCGAUGCUGGCAAGGAUUUGGAAGCCGGAUACGUAUUUUUACAACGGGAAGCAUAGUUAUUUACACACUAUAACCAGUCCCAACAAAUUCGUCAGACUUUAUCAAGAUGGUAGAGUGCUCUACAGUUCAAGACUCACGAUCAAGGCAGGAUGUCCAAUGAAUCUUGAAAAUUUUCCAAUGGAUACACAAAGAUGUCCACUACAAUUUGGUAGUUUCGGUUACACGAAGCGGGACGUGAUCUACAAGUGGAACAGUGCCCGACAAGUAGCAAUCGCCGAGGACAUGAAAUUAUCCCAAUUCGAUUUGGUUGCCAAUCCUACUGCAAAUUAUUCUGCAUCGACGACCCUUUCACACACGGAAUAUUCGAUGUUGCUGGUAUAUUUUCAUCUGCAAAGGCACAUGGGUAAUUUUCUUAUACAAGUAUAUGGACCUUGUGUUUUGCUAGUCGUCCUGUCUUGGGUCUCCUUCUGGUUAAAUCGAGAAGCCACUGCAGAUCGUGUAUCACUAGGAAUAACAACUGUGUUAACAAUGACAUUUUUGGGAUUGGAGGCGCGAACCGAUCUGCCAAAAGUUCCUUAUCCCACUGCCUUGGAUUUCUUCGUUUUCCUCUCGUUCGCCUUCAUUUUCGCCACCAUUAUACAAUUUGCGGUGGUCCACUAUUUCACCAAGUACGGUUCCGGCGAGUGUUAUUUCAGUUCGGAUCUAAGCGAAAGUGAAACUUCCAGCGAUGAAGAGGAAGCGGAUACACGGCCAUUGAAGAAAGAACCAAUUUCCCAAUCGAAUAAAAGAACUGCCGGAAAUCUAGCAGCUCGUGGACAUUCAAGUCGUAAUUUUACAAUGAACGAGGAUGGUAUAAUCGAGGUAAUACCGCUAUCAGCAAUUCCAGAACCGAGCAAAAAUCCUACAAUGGGUCACUGGCAAAUGUCCUGCGUGGCCUGCAGUCCACCUCCUCGACAAAUUCCUCCAAGCAGAAAGGAAUCAGGUCGAAGACGACGCAGGAGGACUCCUAGAUACAAUUCCGUAUCAAAAAUCGAUCGAGCCAGCCGCAUCGUGUUCCCCGUAUUCUUCCUAGCAAUCAACGUAUUUUAUUGGUUUGCAUAUUUGUCAAGAAGCGAGCGUAUCAAUUAUUACAAUGUGAAUUCAAAUGGCACGUGAGACUGGUCGUUAAACAGAACAUUGAAGAAAAAACACAUGUACGAACAUCCUUCAUGGAGUGAUUUAUGAGGAAAUACUUGUUCGACCAAUCUAGAAAUAUUAUUUUGAGAAAUCAUAUGUGUAAUAAGAAUUACUUCUUCGUGAAGUAAUCGAAUCACUUAACAAAGAUAAUGAGAGCUUUGAAACGAUUGAAUAAACAAAUAUUAUCGUUAUCAUUCAUAAAUUUAAUCAUAUUAAAUAAAAAAUGAAAAGAAAAUUGGAAUUGUUAUAAGUACUUUAUAGUACUUAAUAGAUAUAACAAGACAAAUCAAAAAAAACCGAAGGAAAUAUUUGUGUAUAAAACAUAAUGUAGGAUCUCUAUUCAUUGGAUGACAAACAUUCGUAAGCUAUUAAUAUUCAGAGUCUUAUUGCAUAA